GGCAAGGGAGCAACACGUUUUUCAUUGAGUCAACAGUUUUGGGAAGACUAAUAUUUUUAGAAAUAUUAUAUUUGUAAAUAUUUUCAAUUAAAAUCGCCACUUUCCGCCGUCAUGAGUACUCAACGUGGCAAUGCAUCACGUACUCGUGCUCAAAAGCAUAAAAAUCGUACAGUGUUCAAGAAUGAUUUACACGACAAAACGCCGCUCCAGAAACGACUCAAUUCCCUGCACAUCUCAGAAGUUUGCCAGCAUUGUAAAGGUGUUAUAGAAUGGAAAAUCAAAUACAAGAAAUAUAAGCCUUUAACACAACCCAAAACCUGUACCAAAUGUCAGCAGAAGAAAAUCCGCAAGGCAUAUCAUGUUUUGUGUCGAGAUUGUGCUCUGGACGCCAGGGUGUGUGCAAAAUGUUUAAAGAGUGCCGAAGAAGUGGAGAUUGAACCACCUCAGCCGACUCCGGAAGAGGAGCUCAAAUUGAAGGUAGAAAUGGAACGUUUAAUUAAAUCGUUCCCCGAAAGAAAACGACGAGCCUUCUUGCGUUACAUGGAAAAGGGUAAAAAGGAUAAGGUAGAGGAUGGUGAUGCGGAGAAUCAAGAGGAAAAAGAAACUGCCGAGAAUGGUGGCCAGGAAGAAAAUGGUGAUGAAGGUGACAUCAAACCAAAAGCUAAACCUAGAAUACCUCAUACCAGGGAUGAGUUACUGCAGAAAAUCGAACAACUUAAACUUAAGGAUAACGAUGAUAAUGAAUUUGAUUUCGAUUCCGAUGAGGAGGACUAUAGCAGCGAUGAGUUUAGUGAUGACGAUGAUGAUGAAGAAGAUUAUUCUAGUGAUGAGAAAUAAUAGUUUAAAAAUGAGCUUUAAAUGUAAAUUAUUUCUUUUUGUACUAUUUAGAAUAAUAGGUAGUUUAUUUUAAUUACGAAAUGAGUAUGAAUUUUAGAUAUCUUCAUUUGUCUUAAUAAA